GUCCCGCCCGCCCGGCUCCUCCAACUCCUUCCUUUCCGCCCGCUGCCCCGGGCACCCGGUCCCCGGCCUGGGAGCGAAGCCAACCCGGUCUUCUAAGCAGGUAGAAACUGUUUGGAAUGGCAAAGCCUCUACCCCCCAGCCACACCAUAGCUGAGCCAGGAGAACAGCUUCCGGAGGAAGUGCUGGCACUCAUCUUCCAACACCUGCCCCUCAGGGACCGUGCUGCAGCUGCCAGGGUCUGCAGAGCCUGGGCCACUGCUGCCACCAGCAGCACUGUGUGGCACAACACUAGCAUCAGCUGUGACUAUGAGGGGGAAAGCAUGCUGCCACCCUAUCUGUCAGCCUGCUUGGAUCACGUUCAUCACCUACGACUGGAAUUUGAGCCAUCGAGGAAGCCGAGUCGCCGCGCAGCCACAGAGCUACUGACUGCACUGGCCGGCCGUUCCCCAGGGCUUCGAGGCCUGCGCCUGGAGGGCCACGGAGAAAAACCCCUCUUUGAUUCAGGCCGAGACAUUCUGGAAGCUGUGCAGGCCAUCUGCAAGGCCACCCGGGAGCUGCGACACCUAGACCUGCGGGGCUUGCCCUUCACACUGGAUGACACGCUGGUCCUACAGGCUGCACGCGGCUGCCCGGAGCUCCGCAGCCUUUUCUUAGAUAACCCUGCGCUGGUGGACAACGUAGGGCCCGACUCCGUACUCGAGCUCGUGAAGGCCUGCCCGCACCUCCGCGCUCUUGGCCUGCACCUGGCCAGCCUGUCACGCGCCGUCCUCGAGGCACUGGCCGCCCCAGAUCGCGCUCCCUUUGCCCUCCUCGCGCUGCGGUGCGAGUGCCUGGAAGAUGCUCGAGUAACCCUCCUGCCGGACGAGGCCUGGGCGGCCUUGAGCCGGCGCCACCCUGGGAUGGCUGUGGAGCUGGAGCUGGAGCCUGCGCUGCCUGCCGAGAGCGUGAUGAGCAUCCUGCAGCCCGCAGUACCCGUGGUGGCACUGAGUCUCAACCUCUCGGGAGACACCGUCGGCCCGGUGCGCUUCGCGGCGCGCCACUACGCCGCCACCCUGCGCGCGCUCGAGGUGCGCGCCUCCCCCUCGGCGCAGCUGAAUGCGGCGCUGGAGGAGCUGGCUGCGCGCUGCCGCGGCCUCCGCGAAGUGCAUUGCUUCUGCGUGGUGAGCCCGUCCGUGCUCAGCGCCUUCCGCGCGCACUGCCCGCGCCUGCGCAGCUACACGCUCAAACUAAAGCGAGAGCCACAUCCCUGGCGGCCCACGCGCUUGUCCUGAUUGGUCAAACCCUCCUCUUCCCCGA